UUACAGCACUGAUCUUUGGCUCCUGUAACAGGAUGAGGCAGCUAGAGCUGCCCCUGCAUACAGACUCUGAAAGAACAAAGCCCUUCUGAAUCUGAACUCUGCUGCAAAAAAGUCAAACUGUAUGCUUUUGCACUCCACAAAAUAGUGGCUAUCGGACAUUCAGGCCAGGCCCCAGCUAGGGAGCCUGCAACCUUAAAGCUGCUCUCCUAACCUGGAGCCUUGGGCUGUGGCCUGACCAGUCUUGUCUGGCUUCUAAGCUGGACACUGAACUCAGGCUGUCCUGCCUUGCUGUUCCAUAGUCUGCCUCUGCAGGCUGCUUAUACUGGCAGAAAGUUGGCUUUCUUUGCAGCCUUUCCUGACACCUCUUGGCUCUACCUCAGCAAUUAGCCAAGUGACAGAUCUGUGUCCAAGAUGUAUGCAGUGUGAUGCCAAAUUUGACUUUAUCACCAGAAAGCACCACUGCCGCCGCUGUGGGAAAUGCUUCUGCGACAGGUGCUGCAGCCAGAAGGUGCCGCUCCGGCGCAUGUGCUUCGUGGACCCAGUGCGCCAGUGUGCCGAAUGUGCCCUGGUGUCUCACCGCGAGGCCGAGUUUUAUGACAAGCAGCUCAAGGUGCUCCUAAGUGGAGCUACCUUCCUUGUUACUUUUGGGGACUCAGAGAAGCCUGAGACCAUGGUUUGUCGUCUUUCCAACAAUCAGAGAUGCUUGAUUCUGGAUGGGGACAGCCAUCAUGAAAUUGAGAUUGCACAUGUCUGUACCGUGCAGAUUCUCACAGAAGGCUUCACUCCUGGAGUAGAAAAAGACAUUCACACUUACACCAGCCUCCUGGGGAGCCUGCCUGCCUCUGAAGCAGGGACCACGCGAGCCACAGGGAUGUUCCUGCAGUACACAGUGCCAGGGGCAGAGGCUGCAACACAGCUGAGGCUGAUGGCUGGAGAGGAUGCAAAUGGCAGCAAGAGGCAGGCAGCGGCAUGGCUGGCAGCCAUGCACAAGGCUACCAAGCUCCUCUAUGAAUCACGAGACCAGUAACUGCAAGGGAACUGAGCUCAGCACAUCAGGUUACAAAGUCCAAGCUGCUGGCCCCUGCCUGAGCACUCAGGGCUCUGCUCUGUGUGUGCUUGGAAAUGCAAUUCAAGUAUCUGGAAGCAGUGUUCGCUUAUCUAGUGCAAUAUGUACACAGUUGAUUAACGCUUUCAAGAGCUUACAUUGUAGUGUAUUGAUACUUUCAGGGUUGGGAGAAGCUGCACUACAGUACUAAAUCCGUUUUAGUAUAACCUAUGCCAGGUUUAUUGGAGAUUUUUGGCCCUGUUCCCGCAGAAACAAAUUAGGUGGUGGUCACUCAGGUCCCUGGUUUAGCAUUGGACCCUGCCUGUCCCCAGUAGCCCAUUUACAAUGCCUUAGCCUGUUUGACUCUCCGUUUAUUUUGUCACUAAUUUGGGGCAAUGAACAAUCCUUUUAUAUGUCACUAAGGGGAAGGCAUCACCUUUCUGUUUUCUACUUUUCACUUAUUCACUUUAUUAAAAUGACUGUACAGUAAUUUGUAUAUAAAGUGUAUGAUUAAAACUUAUUUUGAAAGUA